GCCUUAAAAGAGGCAUUCUUGUGUAGCUGAGCGCUUAAGCAUCAUUGAAAAAUUCUCCGCUGGCGUAAUCUGCACGGGCCGCUGUGUAGGAGUCAAAGGAGGACUUACUAUACGUGCCCGUUUACCAAGACAGUUUAGAAGGAAUCAUUUCCCCUCCAAGGUUUUCACUUCAAGAAAUGAAGCCGUCAAACUCAAGAAAAGAUAAUUCCGAAAGUACUACUUGCGAUCCUGGGUUCUAUACGAGGAACAACGGUGACCAGCGUCUUUUGAACCUCAAGGCUUUGGACAUGGUAGAGAAAGAUUUCAACCACCGCAAGUACGACAGGGCAUUACAGUUUCUGGACCUUGGCUGUGGUACGGGAGACUUCACUUGCCAGGGGCUUCUACCGCGAUGCGCACCUUGCGCAAGAAUCGUCGCAGUGGAUUCGUCGGAGGACAUGCUGUCGUACGCUCGACAAAUGUUCAGCCAUCCUCGCAUCGAGUACGACCGUUUGGACGUUAGUGGCGAAAUCCAGGAGUUUCUCGCAAAAUACGGUUCCUUCGAUCGUAUUUACUCAUUCUUCUGUCUGAAUUGGGUCCGAGACCAGGAACAAGCAAUGAGGAACGUGUCCAGCCUCUUAUCACAAGGUGGGGAGUGUCUUCUGGUCUUCCCUGCAUGGUCCCGUUCGAGGGUGCCUUGGAGUAUGCUAGCACAUCUGGAUCACUGGCGCACCUACAAAGAACUCUUCGAAAGUUUUGUACCUAAAAGCCAGGACAUCGAAGAUGACGGUGAACGGUUGUCGUAUAUACAAGAAAUCAUCAAAUCCGCCAACCUGGAGCUUCACAGGUUCGAAAGCUUCCUUUACAAACCAUUCGCGUGGAACGCUGAAGCGGCUAUAGAUUUUCAGAUGACCCUCAAACCAGAGCUGAGGCUGCUUUCUUCCGAAGAGAAGAGACGACUGAAGAAGGACGUGACAAGGGCCUUGAAACAGUUUGACACUGGCGAAGGAUUGCGCAAAGAAAACUGCAUAUGUGUUAUUCUUGCGAGGAAGUGCUCCGCGUAAUAUCUUUGUUCCGUUCUGCUGCUGACGCGCAAGCAGUGUUGACUGCAUUCUUCCUGGCGUAUUUCAGGAAAUUUUUAGUUUUAGAGACGAUAAGGAAGAGGUCAAGAUGUUUACAGUUUUAGUGCUGAAAUAAAUGCAUGAAAAACAAUAAAUCUCAAAA